UCAGAUAAGCCUUGAAAUUUCCCAAACUGCACAUUUCUCAAGAAACACAUCAACCUUCCAUAGUACGGACACCAUCCCACGUGUAGUAGAUUAAGGAUUUCUUAACCCAUCAAUCAACGAAUUACCGCUCACCCGUCCGCUACAAAUACUAGUAACAAAACGGGGAGAAUUUCACAUCCCAGUUUUCGACCAUUCUCAGUCCCUCACUCACUCACACACAACCACCAAACCACCAACGAACCACAAGCAAUCCCACCCCAUGCCAACACCAAAAUGACCGACCAAGACACUCCCAACCCGCGGCCCCCAGCCGCCGCCGACGUCAACCAAAUCUUCAACCGCAUCGCCCUAGGCCUGUCCAAGCACCAGCGCAUCUACUCCACCCUCGCCAAACACCGGCCCACCGCCUCACCCUCCCCAUCCACCACCACCACUACAGCAGCAGGAGGGGGGUUCUCCUCCCUCAAAACCACCACCACCAAAUCAACCACCACCCAAAAACCCCCAAAGAAAUCCCUAGGUGAUGGGGACGACAACCCCCGCCGCGACAGCGCCGACGACUCGGACCUGUCGCGCACCGGCGCGCCCAACACAGGCGUGGGGUAUGCGGCCGCCCCCUCCGCACAAUCCCAGCCCCAGUCCCAAGGCGACAAGGAGACGGCGGUGCUGCGGCGGAAGGUGCUGGGGCGCAAUGCGGCGCGGCAGCUGGCGGAGCGGGAGCGGUAUCAGGGGAAAGGGAAUGGGGGUGUUGGUGGGGGUGGGCGGGAGGAUGGGCUGCAAGAGACGACAGUGCAAGAACGGGUGGGCGGUGAGAAGAAUAAGAAAAGGAAGAAUAGAAAGAAGAAGAGGAAGGGGACAGAUAGGAAGGCUGAAGUCGAGGCCUGAGACUGAGGAUCGAGAUCAUAGAGUUGUGCUAAUAGAGUGCGAUGCUUGCACACCAGCUGC